AUGCCUGCAAACUUUAAUGAACAAGAAGUGCUUUUCCGGUACGGAUGCAUAUUCCAAAUUGUUAAUGUUGAACCGCUGGAAAAUGGUAUUUGGGUGAUUCACUUAUUUCUCCGAAGUGAAGAAGAUUAUAGUUUAAAGACAUUGCUUAAUCAUAUGAAAAGUGAACUUGGAGUUGAGACGAAUAUAAUAUCCCUUGGUCAUUUAUUUUGGAAAAUGGGCGCAUAUGACAAAGCAAAAACAUAUUGUCGUCGAUUACUACAAGAAUUGACGACAGAUGACUUGACAUCAGCACAAUGUUAUGAAAUUUUAGGCCUUGUGGCUUAUAGUCAAGAAGAAUAUCAGCAAGCUCUAAUAAACCAUUUUACUGCAUUAUCUCUCAGAUUAGAAUUAAUAAAACCAAUCUACGGUAGUAUUGAACUGAUAAUUGAUGAUACCAUAGUAGACGAUGCGAUAUUACCUAAAACACGGCAAUUGAGUGAAGUAUCACCUCUCGACAUUGCUGCUUGUUUUAACAAUAUCGGUAAUGUGUUAAUAAAAAAAGAAGAAUUUGAGUUAGCUCUUUUCUAUCAUAGAAAAGCUUUAUUUCUAAAGCAGAAGUAUUUAACGCGUGAAGAACAUGUCGAUACCUCACUGACUUAUCAUAAUAUCGG